AUGAACUAAAGUGUCGAUACGAGUUUCACCCAAAAGUGUUCUCUGUUGUUGCUCGGUACAUGUUUCGACGCUCCGAUACAGGACGCAGCGUUACUGGUGAAACGGCUGAUUUGACAGACUAAACAAUGAGUCAAGCUAAAGACAGUGGACGGCUCAAGAGCUACAAAAACAAUUCCUUCAGCUCAGAUGAAAUGAGGAGGAGGAGGGAAGAGGAAGGCCUGCAGCUCCGCAAGCAGAAGAAAGAUGAUCAGCUGUUUAAACGGAGGAAUGUUGCCACGUUGGCAGAGGAUAGCACCUUGGAGGAUGAUGGAAUGGCUGACAGUGGAUACUUGGAGUCCCAGGCUAACAAUAUGGACCCACUCAUGGGUGGGGUGAUCUCUGAAGAUAUGACCCAAAUGAUCUUCUCCAGUUCUCCUGAGCAGCAGCUAAUAGGUACCCAACGCUUUAGGAAGCUUCUGUCUAAAGAACCCAACCCACCCAUUGAUGAAGUCAUUGCCACUCCAGGGGUGGUGGAGCGCUUUGUAGAGUUUCUGAAGAGGAGAGAAAACUGCACAUUGCAGUUUGAGGCAGCGUGGGUGUUAACCAACAUUGCAUCAGGUACAUCCCAUCAGACACGAGUGGUUAUCCAUGCAGGAGCUGUGCCAAUUUUCAUAGAGAUGCUCAGCUCGGAUUUUGAAGAUGUACAGGAACAGGCUGUGUGGGCCUUGGGAAACAUAGCAGGAGAUAGCACAGAGUGCAGAGACUUUGUCAUUGACUGCAACAUUCUGCCUUCACUGGUGCAGUUACUGGCCAAACAAAGUCGUCCAACAAUGAUGAGGAAUGCAGUAUGGGCACUCUCAAACCUGUGCAGAGGAAAGAACCCACCUCCAGAUUUUGCUAAAGUCUCUCCAUGUCUCAGUGUGCUUUCUUGGCUACUGUUUGUCAAUGACACAGACAUCCUGGCUGAUGCGUGCUGGGCUCUUUCAUACCUAUCUGAUGGUCCCAAUGACAAAAUCCAGGCCGUUAUCGAUUCAGGAGUCUGUCGAAGGCUGGUCGAGUUGUUAAUGCACUCUGACUAUAAAGUGGUAUCUCCUGCACUACGGGCUGUUGGGAACAUAGUCACUGGAGAUGACCUACAGACACAGGUGAUUUUGAACUGUUCAGCUCUGCAGUCGCUACACCACCUUCUCAGCAGCCCAAAGGAGUCCAUCAAGAAGGAGGCCUGCUGGACCAUUUCUAAUAUCACUGCAGGAAACCGAGCACAAAUACAGAUGGUCAUAGAUGCAGGUCUCCUGCCUCCGCUCAUCACUGUCUUGCAAGUAGCAGAGUUUCGCACAAGGAAGGAGGCAGCCUGGGCUAUAACCAAUGCCACCUCUGGGGGCUCUGCAGAGCAGAUCAAGCACCUAGUGAAGUUUGGCUGCAUAAAACCAUUGUGUGACUUGCUCACACUGAUGGACUCCAAAAUCGUGCAGGUGGCUUUAAAUGGCCUGGAAAACAUAUUGCGAAUUGGAGAACUGGAGGCUAAAAGAGGAGGCAGUGGCAUCAACCCUUACUGUGCAUUCAUUGAAGAGGCCUAUGGUCUGGACAAGCUGGAGUUCCUGCAGGGCCAUGAGAACCAGGAGAUUUACCAGAAAGCGUUUGACCUGAUUGAGCGCUACUUCAACACUGAAGAUGAAGACCCAUCCCUGGCUCCAGCUGUCGAUCUGCAGCAGCAGCAGUUUCUCUUCCAGCAGCAUGAGGCCCCAAUGGAAGGCUUCCAGCUAUAAUGUUAAACCCUCCCUCCCUUGUGCAUCAUCAUCUGUCACUCUGCGCACUGCCACCAGCAAGGGCAACAAGCAUAGAUUUCCUUCUUUCUCUUUCCAUUGUCAGAGAGAUUGAUUAAAUCAUUAUUAUUUAAAGUUUAUUUCAACAGCACCUAUGUGUGCAUGUCUCAGAUGAUGGUCAAGUUCUACAGUCUUUUCAGCCAGUUUGUGGAGGUUUCACUUUCAGGUUUCGCCACUCUGUCUCCAGUGCUCCUCAGCAUCUUAACCCCACCGACUGCUCAGGCCCAAAUGUCCUCUACUGCCUCACAAAAAAGCACCCAGCAGAUGCGACAUGAAUAUUUACCCCCCCCCAAAAUGAAAGGCCUGUCAUACUCUCCGUGUUCCCGUAGGAUUCUCGUGUUUAUCUCUCUGAGUACAUGGGAGUGGCUUUUCUGAAGCAUUAAUGACUCAUGAGACAGACAUGGACAUGAUUUUACACCCACACGUGAGUAGAGAAUGAUCUAACCUAAACACUGGACUGACAACAAGACGUUGACCACUAGCCGUGGUUGUUGUACUGAACUGCCCACAGUGGUGCCAUGUGACCACUUCUGACACAAGGACUCACCGAACCUCUAUGAAAGACACUUAAAUGACUCAAAUGGAGGCGCCCCAACUUGCUCUUCCUCAGCCAUUGGAGAGGUGACCAGAAAUGGACAAAUUAGGAACUUUAACUCUGUUGCUAACGUGCUGAGCUUGUUGGCAACAAACCAGACUGCUUGCACAUCCUCCUGGAUCUCAUAUGCAUUCCUUUACCCAGUAAUGGAACUUCCACCUGCAGAGGCUCCAUCUUUUGAAGAGCUUCGACUGCCUCCUGUUUCUUGUGAUUACGCCCGUGGAACCAUGGGAUUUGGAGUCUUCCCUUGCACUGAGACAAUUGGACAGACUUGGACACGACGAAACAAACUCAUUAAACCUUUGAGUCUGUCCAAUAGCAGACUGGUGGGACUUUUUAUCAUACUUUUGUUUCAUUUGCAGCACUUUAGUUCAGGACUGAUACCUGCUCAUUAAGAAGAUACAAUAACUAUUUAACUGGUGGAUUACAGUGCUUUCCUUCCUGGGGAAGUGAGGUGUGACGAGGUGUGGUCUGCAUCCUCAGUCCUCUUCUGGUAUAGCAAGAUUACAGUGUAUGUCAUUGUUUACCCUUUUUCCUAGGAUUUGGAACAUGUUGUGGACUGAAACUAUUAGCACACUAACUAAAAUCAGAUCAUUCUGCCUCAGCAAAGCUACAAAGGACGUGAGCUUGACAAAGUUUCAGACAAAUCGGACUGAACUAGCUACUCGGCUGUGAGCAGUGCAGCACAUUUAGUUUGUACUUUUCCAAGAUGACUAACUUUUUGGAUUGAUAGUUUUAAAAGCACGGGGCCCUAUUUUCAUGGCACCACAAGCAGCGCGGUGACAAAUUGGUUUUAUUCGGGCACUGAAAUGCGCUUUGUUUAUUUUUCACGGUAAGGAGGAGCACAGGGUGCAGAAGAUUGCUACAAAUGUGUGUGUUUAAUUCAUUCGAGUCCAGGUCAGAACCCGUGGAAGAGCUUGAAGACAUCUCGCAUGUGCAAGAUAAAGCCUUUGUUUAUGUCAGUAAAACAAAAUUAAAGUGAUGUAUAACAAUUGUUUAUACUGCAUUGAAGCCAUAACAGGUGCAGAGUUUAGGAAAUGCACAAAAAAAAUAGACAAACUUUAAGCUAUUUGCACAUGAACCAUAAGGCCAUCACCAGCCGCCGCACAACGUUGGUGCCUAUUGGUAGUGAAGUCGGACAAGAAAUGGAAAACUAAUUACAUCUGUAAUCCAGAGUACGCAAAACUACCACGCUGUCAGCGAUUACACACUGUGAUGACAAUAUUGCAGUGAUGUUGCGAUCGCGUGUGCAACAUAAAACUGGUCUUUUUAUUGCAUGUGUGAGAACAUCAUUGACUUUUGUAUGUGUGUGUUUUUGAGAAACUAUUUGUUGCCAAAAAAUAGCUUUUUUAAAUACAUUUUGAUAAUUACAGCGAAAUGGCAGAAAUGUGUAAACUGAUUAGCGUUGCCAUCUAACCUAUUUUGUAUUCAAUUAAUCUCUUUAUCACAGUCAUUACAAACAUGUUAUCAAAUGGUGAAAAGAAAAAAGUAUUAAAGAAACUAGUAAUGAAACAACAAUAAUAUUCACAUUUAAGAAGCUGAAAUCAAAGCAUUUGGCUUUUGUUAAAUUAUUCAGAAUGAUUAAUCUGUUAUGAAAAUAGUCAAUGAUUAACCGUUGCAGCUUUAGAAUUGGUAUGUUCCAAAUUAUUGCUGUUGCUAUUAUUGCCUGUGUUGUAGAGUUAUUAUUUACCAAUACACAAAUUUUAUCACUUUGUUGCAACCAUAAAAUUGAGAUUCCAGUGUUGGUGCAAACAAACUCAAAUAUUGGUCUUUGCUGCCACUGUGUAGCAGUGUGUGUCACACUGUUUCAUCUGCAUGACAUUAAUUUCCCAGUCAAACGUUGCCACAAUGGUUUAAAAGGUGGGUGUCUAUUAAUGGGGCUGGCAAAAAUAAUUAACCACUCCUUUGAUUUAUCAAUCCAAGUCUCUGCAUAGUGCUGCUGCAUUAUGUACAAGUUGAUUAUGGAGCUUGUGCCAUUAAAAUAGGGCCUAUUGUCUAUGUACAGGGGGUAGCAUCUGUCUUUUUGUUGACAGUGCUAUAACCCUGACGAGAAAUCUUUCCAGAUCAUUUAAAAAGAAAUCCAGAUUAAAGUUGAAAGUAUUGGUGAUUAUGUUAGAUAGAAAAACUGAAUGUUUACCAAGUCCUUAUAACAUUUCUUACUUUUGUCAGUCUCUGCAGGAGAUUACCAGCGCUACAUGUUCAUUACUGUUAGUGUGUUGGGUUUGUGUAACUUUCCUUUAUUUGCAUAAAUGCUGUUUAAUGAA